UCCUCUGUAGGUGUGAAUAUGGCCAUGAGGAAGAUGGGAAGUAUGGCCAAACCAGAUGUUCACAUCUGUAAGGAUGGAGAUACAAUCACUGUGAAAACAGAGAGCACCUUUAAAAACUCACAAUUUAGCUUCAAACUGAAUGAGAAAUUUGAGGAAAAUACAUUAGAUGGCAGGAAAACUCAGACCCUUAUCACCUUAACUGAUGAUAACACGUUGCACCAACUUCAGACAUGGGAUGACAAGGAAUCCACAAUAACACGGAAAACAAUGGAUGGGAAAUUAGUGGUGGAAUGCAUUAUGAAUGGUGUCAAAUGUACUAGAGUCUACCAGAAAGCAUGAGGAUCAUGUCUCUAUCUCUGCACUGAGUUGGACUUCCUAACAACAGCUCAAUUCAGUGAAAAAACUUGGUGUACACUCCAUUCUUAUCUUUUCCCAGCUGUCUAGUAUUCCAGUGGACUGAAUAGCUAUGUGCAACCAUAUUGCAAAGUCAUGAUGCAACUACCCUGAACUGUUGUGGCCAUUAAAUAAAUUUUUUAAAUAUAUGAAUUGGAGCUGCUUUCAAUAUGGUGAAUUUUAAGGAUUUUUUUCAAGUGAAGUCUAUUUAAUUAGAGCUGAGUUACAGAAUAGAGUCUACAAUUAGAGUUAAAUGAGACAAUAUCCAUGUAGAAUGCUAAAGCACAGGUAAUGGCAAAUUGUAUUUGAGUUUGACUGUUCAUAUUUAAUUGAUAAAGGUAAUAAAUCAGUUUUUCAAGUGAUGCAAUCCAUUUAUAAUGGUGUAAGAACUUUCAGAGUAUUACUGUCUGCCUGUUGCAAAAAGAGCAGGGCUACACUGGCAUAACUGAGAGAGAAAUUUAGGUUUAAGCAAAAAAAGUACAUUUUUAAGGUAUUUUAUUUUUAUUAAUGAGUCAAAUCCCGAAGAGUUGGAUUAUAUAUCGGGUACCAACAGCAGGUAACUUGGGCAGGGCAAUCGGGGCAGCUUCCCUGGGUGGAGAAGGGCAGUAGGGUAGAAAGAAACAGCUGCUGCUGAAGCAACACAAUUGUUCAGGCAGCCUGGGGGCAACCAGAAGUCACCACUGCCCCUGUGCCUAAGAGCUGCACUGGGUGCCCUGGCAACAUUGUUACACCUCUGGCCAAUGGACAUGAUAGAACUUAAACAAGGGCUAAGAGCUUUCCUGAAAAGAGGCCUUAAUAUGAAAAAUUUCCUUUAUAUUAGACUAAUACUUUUUGACAACAUUUUCUUAUUUCCAUAUUGGUAAUAUUAUUUGCAAAACAUUUGAAAAUUUUAAGCUGUGGACUAUUGAAAUACUUCCUGAAAUUGAAAGACUAAGUUUUGCUGGCUCAAACUUGGUAAUGGAGUUUUUAUAUGCUUUCAAGUGUCAAAUAAAUAAUCAUAAAUAUUAA